CAGCUGAUCAGGCGGCGUGUAUUUCAUUUUGUUUGUAAGUGCAUUUGCAGUGGAAAAUUUAACAAAAAAUCGAAAUAAAAGUAGAUGCUCUGCCGAAAUGGAGGAACUGCAGCAACUAGAGUACCUGUCGCUGGUCUCGAAAAUCUGCACAGAGCUCGAUAAUCACUUGGGCAUCAAUGACAAGGACCUGGCCGAGUUCAUCAUCGAUUUGGAGAACAAGCAUCGAUCGUACGACGCCUUCCGCAAGGCACUGCUCGAGAAUGGGGCCGAAUUUCCAGACUCCCUCGUCCAGAACCUGCAGCGCAUCAUCAACCUCAUGCGCCCGAGUCGGCCGAGAGGCGGCAGCGAAGAGAAGUUUGACUCUGGCAGCGGCAGCAAAGAUGACAAGAAAUCGCAGCUCAUGAAAAUGUUUCCCGGUCUGGCCCUGCCCAACGAUAAAUACAGCCAGAGCGAGGGCCAGGACGAGAAAAAGGACGAUAAGGCCAAGGAGAAGCAUGCUGUGGGCAAAAAGCCCGACAUAAGUGACGUGGACGCAGCCAUGAUGGAGCUGGAGGCGCUGGCCCCAGGCGAGGGCAAGACCGAGGACAAGAAGGAGCUAAAGGAGAGCAGAGAACGACCCCACAAGCGAAGAGAUCGCAGCAGAAGUCGCGACAAGGACAGAGACACACGAAAGCGCAGCAGAUCACGCGAGGAUAGGGAGCGGAACAGGGAGCGCCGCAGGAGCAAAUCGCGCGAGGACCGGCACAGGGAACGACGCAGGAGUAGAUCUCGCGACAAGGAACGCCGCAGGCGUAGCAGAUCACGUGAGCAUCGUGAUCGGGAACGCCGCCGAAGCAGAUCCCGCGAAGAUCGAGAUCGUGGUCGUCGCAGAUCCAGCUCUCGGGACCGCCACGAGCGUCGACAAAGGAGUCGGUCGCGCUCUGGUGACCGUAGCGAUCGUGGCGAUCGUCGCCAUGACAAAAUGCCACCUCCCAACACAGUAAUGGCCGACGAUCCGGAGGCUGGCAAGAUCUACUCCGGCAAGGUGGCCAACAUUGUGCCCUUCGGGUGCUUUGUCCAGCUCUUUGGGCUGCGCAAGCGCUGGGAGGGCCUGGUGCACAUCUCGCAGCUGCGAGCCGAGGGCCGAGUCACCGACGUCACCGAAGUGGUCGCCCGCAAUCAGACGGUGAGGGUCAAGGUGAUGUCACUGACGGGCCAGAAGGUGUCGCUGUCGAUGAAGGAGGUCGACCAGGAGUCGGGACGCGAUCUGAAUCCCCUCUCGCACACCCCAGAGGACGAUGGUUCGCUGAGGGACCGCAAUCCGGAUGGUCCAUUCAGCAGCAGCACCUCGAUGCUGAAUCUUCAGGGCAACAGCCUCGACGGGGAUGAGAGCGAGUCGAGGAAACGCGUCACCAGGAUCUCCAGUCCCGAGCGGUGGGAGAUCAAGCAGAUGAUUAGCUCUGGCGUUCUGGACAGGAGUGAGAUGCCGGACUUUGACGAGGAGACGGGUCUGCUGCCCAAGGACGAGGACGACGAGGCGGACAUCGAGAUUGAGAUCGUCGAGGAGGAGCCGCCAUUCCUCUCGGGGCAUGGCCGGGCGCUGCACGACCUCUCUCCCGUGAGAAUCGUAAAGAAUCCCGACGGCUCGCUGGCCCAGGCGGCCAUGAUGCAGUCGGCUCUGUCCAAGGAGCGGCGCGAACUGAAAAUGCUGCAGCGUGAACAGGAGAUGGAGGCUCUGCCUACGAACCUCAACAAGAACUGGAUUGAUCCGCUGCCCGAGGAGGACAGCUCUCGCAAUCUGGCGGCCAAUAUGCGCGGCAUGGGCGCCGCGCCCGCGGAGGUGCCCGAGUGGAAGAAGCACGUGAUUGGCGGCAAGAAGUCGUCCUUCGGCAAGAAGACAGACCUCACCCUGGUCGAGCAGCGCCAGUCGCUGCCCAUCUACAAGCUGCGCGAUGAUCUGAUCAAGGCCGUCACCGAUAACCAAAUCCUGAUCGUCAUCGGCGAGACGGGCUCCGGCAAGACCACGCAGAUAACCCAGUAUCUGGGCGAGUGCGGAUUCACGGCGCGGGGCAAGAUCGGCUGCACGCAGCCGCGUCGUGUGGCCGCCAUGUCGGUGGCCAAGCGUGUGGCCGAGGAGUACGGCUGUCGGCUGGGACAGGAGGUGGGCUACACCAUCCGUUUCGAGGACUGCACCAGCCCGGAGACGAUCAUCAAGUACAUGACGGACGGCAUGUUGCUGCGCGAGUGCCUCAUGGAGGCGGAUCUCAGCGGCUACUCGGUGAUUAUGUUGGACGAGGCCCACGAGCGCACCAUCCACACGGAUGUGCUGUUUGGCCUGCUGAAGACGGCCGUGCAGAAGCGGCCCGAACUGAAGCUGAUCGUGACCUCCGCCACCCUUGACGCUGUGAAGUUCUCGCAGUAUUUCUUCAAGGCUCCCAUCUUUACGAUACCCGGACGCACGUUCCCCGUCGAGGUGCUGUAUACAAAGGAGCCGGAAACGGACUAUCUGGACGCCUCGCUGAUCACCGUGAUGCAGAUCCAUCUGCGCGAGCCCCCAGGCGACAUUCUGCUCUUCCUCACCGGCCAGGAGGAGAUCGACACGGCCUGCGAGAUCCUGUACGAGCGCAUGAAGAGCCUCGGACCUGAUGUGCCCGAACUGAUAAUACUCCCCGUCUACUCGGCACUUCCCUCCGAGAUGCAGACGCGCAUCUUCGAUCCGGCACCCGCCGGCAGCCGCAAGGUGGUGAUAGCCACCAACAUUGCCGAGACUUCGCUGACCAUUGACGGCAUCUUCUAUGUGGUGGAUCCAGGUUUUGUCAAGCAGAAAGUGUACAAUUCCAAGACGGGCAUGGACUCCCUGGUGGUCACGCCCAUCUCGCAGGCAGCGGCCAAGCAGCGGGCGGGCCGUGCCGGACGCACAGGUCCAGGCAAGACCUACCGCCUGUACACGGAGCGCGCCUACCGCGAUGAGAUGUUGCCCACGCCCGUGCCAGAGAUCCAGCGCACAAAUCUGGCCACCACAGUGCUCCAGCUGAAGACGAUGGGCAUCAAUGAUCUGCUGCACUUUGACUUCAUGGACGCCCCGCCCGUGGAGUCGCUGGUCAUGGCCCUUGAGCAAUUGCAUUCGCUGUCCGCGCUCGAUGAUGAGGGAUUGCUGACGCGGCUGGGUCGGCGCAUGGCCGAGUUUCCCCUGGAGCCGAAUCUCUCAAAGAUGCUCAUCAUGUCGGUGGCGCUGCAAUGUUCCGAUGAGAUUCUCACGAUUGUCUCGAUGCUGAGUGUGCAGAAUGUGUUCUACAGGCCCAAGGACAAGCAGGCGCUGGCUGAUCAGAAGAAGGCAAAGUUCAACCAGGCCGAGGGGGAUCAUCUUACACUGCUGGCCGUGUACAACAGCUGGAAGAACAACAAGUUCUCGAAUGCCUGGUGCUACGAGAACUUUGUGCAGAUUCGGACACUGAAGCGGUCGCAGGAUGUGCGGAAGCAGCUGCUGGGCAUCAUGGACAGGCACAAGCUGGACGUUGUAUCGGCGGGCAAGAGCUCGGUGCGCAUCCAGAAGGCCGUCUGUUCGGGCUUCUUUCGCAAUGCGGCCAAGAAGGAUCCACAGGAGGGAUACCGCACGCUGGUCGACUCACAGGUGGUUUACAUUCAUCCUUCGAGCGCGCUCUUCAACCGCCAGCCGGAGUGGGUGAUCUAUCACGAGCUGGUGCAAACCACCAAGGAGUACAUGCGCGAGGUGACCACCAUUGAUCCCAAGUGGUUGGUGGAGUUUGCGCCUUCAUUCUUCCGCUUCUCCGACCCCACAAAGCUCAGCAAAUUCAAGAAGAACCAGCGCCUCGAGCCGCUCUACAACAAGUACGAGGAGCCCAAUGCCUGGCGCAUAUCCCGCGUGCGGCGACGUCGCAAUUAAUUCAACUGGUGUUCCAUCCAUCUCCAUUGUAGAAUUAUUUGUAUUUUAAACACUUAGAAAUAAAUCAAAUUCAGUUUGAUGCUCAA